UUGUGAGGGGUUUUGAGGAAGAGAGGAAUGAGAAGGGGAAGAGUCUGUCAGAGCUGUCUCUGGUACAUACAGGCACGCACACGUUCUCACUGAAACACCCAAGUUCUCCAUUAUGCCAGGUCCAGCCUUGACUGCUCUCCAGAGCGGCUGCCCUGGGAUUCUGUCCGUAGCCCUCCUGUCUGGCUGCUUCAUCCCUCCUCUUCUAGAGCCCACCUGCUGUCAUUUCAUGCCCUGCCAGGGAGGAGGGAAUUGCAGUGACAGCAGGAGUCAGAGACAGGACAGUCGUGGGGCAGAGAGGUAUGGGGAGGGAGAUGCUGGGACCAGGUGACAGUGAGACCCUGACAGAGUGCUGAGGAGCAGGGUGAGGGGUGGGGAGGGUCUGGCAGGGAGCAGAAACUGAAAGGAACAGAAAGAAGGAGAAGCAGACAGCAGGACUGUGGGUCAGAGAGCCGGUCAACCAUGCUGGGAGCAAAGCCACACUGGCCACUAGGUCUCCCACCCAGCCACCCGCUGCCCUUGGCCCUAAUGCUUCUGGCCCUGGGGACUGGGCGGGCCCAAGAGGGAGCAGACACCGUCCUCCUGGAGGGGGAGUGCCUGGUAGUCUGCGAACCAGCCGCUGCAGGGGGGCCUGGGGGAGCAGCCCUGGGAGAGGCACCUCCUGGAAGAGUGGCAUUUGCUGCAGUCCGAAGCCACCACCAUGAGCCAGCAGGGGAGAUCAGCAAUGGCACCAGUGGGGCCAUCUACUUCGAUCAGGUCCUGGUGAACGAGGGUGGUGGCUUUGACCGGGCCUCAGGCUCCUUCGUGGCCCCUGUCCGGGGUGUCUACAGCUUCCGAUUCCAUGUGGUGAAGGUGUACAACCGCCAAACUGUCCAGGUAAGCCUGAUGCUGAACACAUGGCCUGUCAUCUCAGCCUUUGCCAACGACCCUGAUGUGACCCGGGAGGCAGCCACUAGCUCUGUGUUACUCCCACUUGACCCUGGGGACAGGGUGUCCCUGCGCCUGCGUCGGGGGAACCUCCUGGGUGGCUGGAAGUAUUCAAGCUUCUCUGGCUUCCUCAUCUUCCCUCUCUGAGGGCACAAGCCUUUCAGGGAUAGGAAUAUAGGUCCUGCCCUCUCUUGUCCCAGAGGCAGCAUCUUUGGGGUAGGAGAGACUCCCUCUAGCUGUCUGUAUUCCACUGCCUUGCAUGGGACCCUGUGCCAAACACCCAAAGAGAAGAGUAGUGUCUGGGGAUCUGGCCCCUCUGACCUGCCCCUGACCCCAAUUGCCCUCCCAGCCUUCCACUCAUCUCUUCAUGCCUGCAGCCCUAGGGUCAGGGCAGGGCUCGGCAGGUAGGAAGGUCUGUGCUACUUUGCAGACUCUGCUCCUUCUGUUCCCCUGCCCCCAGCUUCCUGCUCAGUGCUAUUUGGGGACAAGUGAACCUGACAGGCCCCCACAGGGGCCCAGAUGGACCAGCCUCAGCAUACCCUGCAUGCUCCUUCCUGUGAGUAGUGCCAGCAUCAUGGAUCUGGGCCAGCACAGUCAGAGCUUAGCCAGAACCAUAUGGGCUAGGGCGGGAGGAUCAGCCACCAGGAGUGUGGAGAGGGCCACAGAGCAGCCUGACCCCUGUGACUGGUGGGGCAGGAAGGGGGCCUGUGCCCAGCCUGAACAUGGAUGGUACACAUUUUUCAUGUGCAUUAGGACAGCCAGUAAGCAGGGAACCCAGGGGUCCAUCUGCCAGGUCCCAGAUGAACUCUGGCCCUCAUCUCCUCACCCAAGACAUAAGGUGUGUGUGUUUGCUCUGGCCAAGAGCAGGUGUACCAAGCUUUCUCAGAUAGCUGGAGGUACGGGUAGAAGGUCACACGUGGGCAAGUAUAGAUCUCCAGGUAUGGAACACACCAGUGACUGUGGUCACAUCCCAGAACCGCUCCACCUUUGUAGUCUGAACUUCAGUAACUCCACACCCUGACCACCACCUCCUUCCUCCCAGCUCUCAGAACAUACACUGUACCUGUUCCAGACUAUCCCACAACCUCCUUCUUCUCCCGAUUUAUACUGUCUUAUCCUCCUUCUUAAACUUCCUACUACCUUGGAUUCCAUGAUUCAAGACCCUCUUCUUCAGCCACUCUCCUGCCACGAUUAUAAACUCUCUGUCUUAGCUUGCUGUCCCAUUGGCCCAGCAUGGAUGAAUCAAUAAAGCAACUAGAGAAUGACGGUCAAUGAGAAACUGUAGGAUCACUAGAGAGAGAAGGUGCCAUUACAAUUUAGAUCAGGGGUUAUAGGACACAAGCAGGUAUACUGUAGAGAAAAUCUAAAACUGCAUAUUAAAGUCAAAUAAAAAGGGGGGUUAAUAAUGCUUGAAUUAAAUAGAAAAUACCAAUCUGAAUUUGCGGUUUUUCACAAGAAAUAACUUCUUCAAACUUUCUCACUAUAGUAGCAUAGAAACAACAUCAGGCAAAAUCUGACAUAUAUUCUUAACACCUGGAUCUUUGCCUCAGCUAUUAUUCACCUUUAAACGAACUCAGAGUUCCUUGGAGAAUAGCUCCAUGUCUUAAAUAACUCUAGGCCUGGAGCAUGUUGUUGAUGACAGAAAGCAAGGAAACUUUUCAAAGUGUUAGAGUAGAGCUGAAAAAGCAAAGGAACCAAUUUUUAAAAGUCUUCCAACCUGACAUGUGGUGACAAUUUGAUCAUCAGAAGGAAAAUGAUAUAGUUAAUUAGAGCAAGGUGAACUUUUAAAGUGCAUGACUUCGUAGUGAUACUCAAAAAGGAAAAAGUCUCUAUAAAAUGUGGGAAAAGGUGGUUAAUAUGCUGAGUGAAGAAUAAAUAUAAGAUUUUUUGGUUAAUUUUGAUAAGUAGAAGAGUAUAAAUACAGCAAGUAUUUUAUCUAUUCAUAAGGUAAAUUUCUUUUUCUUAAUCUGUAUAAGAAGCCAAGAGUGAUAUUCCAGAAAAAAUUGGAACUGUACCAAGAAUGAAAGAGACUGAUUGGUGCCAUCUGGAUAUACAUUACAACUAGGGAGAAAGAGUCCAACAGUGUGCUACAAAAUGAUGAAUCAGUCAAACAUCCAAAAGAUAAUUGCUCACUGCUCAAACUUAAUCCUUCAUCUCUUGGGAAAGGGAACCUCUCUGUCAUCAUACUAACUAUAAUGAGAUUACAGUAACAGUAAAGCCCAAAAUAAUAAUAACUUAAAUAAAAUGGAAAGUUAUUUCUGUCUCACAUAGAAGAAUUUUCAAAUAAAGAGUCCAGGGAAGAAUGGCAGUUUUACGAUCAUAACAGCCCAGUUUUCCUUCUUGCUGUUCUACCGCCUUUAACAUGUCACCUCAUAACCCAAGAUGGCUUCUUGAGUUCCAGUCAUUACAUCAGGCUUACAGCCCCAGUGAGGAAGAAGAAAGGGCACCCCCCUUUGCUUUAAAGAAGCUUUCUGAAAAGUGCAGCCAACAUUUCUGAUUGCACCUCACUGGCAAUAAUUUAAUCACACCUGGCCACAGGAAAAGAGACUAGGAAAUAAUCUUUAUUCCAGGUAGCCAUGCCCCACUAGCAGUCAGGAGUUUUGUAUUAAGGAGGAUGAGGAAACUUCAUAUUGGGAAAAACAACCAUAUGUUUUUUAAAAUGUAAGGGAGCUAAAUAAAUUUAUAAAUAAUGAUAGUCAUUAUAUUGUUCUUUUGUUGUAUAACAAAUAACCAUAAAUUUAGUAGCUUAAUACAACACCUUUUAUUAUCUCACAAUUUCUGCAGGUCAGAAGUUCAGCAGAACAUGACUGAAUUCUCUCUUUGGGGUUUCAUAAGUCAAAAGCAAGGUAUAGACAGAGCUGCCUUCCUUGCUGAAGGUUAAAAAUCCACUUCCAAACUCAUUCAGAAUUCAGUUCCUUACAGUUGUAGGACUGAGGCCUCCUCCACCUUUCAGCCAACAAUGUCAGACCAGGUCCUUCUCACACUUGGAAUCUCUCUGUCCUACCUUUCUGAGACAGGGACCGUGGGUGUAGUCAGAGUAGGGUGAGGGCCUCCAAAAAACGCAGGAUAUUUGCAGUCAGAGCAAUGUAACUACAUGCAAGGAGACCCCCUACCAAAACCCUGUGCUACACCAAUAAGCUCUAGAGUCAUUCUUAAGUGAGAUCAGUUAAUAUACCCCAUAUAAAGAAGAGUAGUACAUGUUUUAUUAUGCUAACUGUGGG